UUGGUCCCUUGACUCAACUUGCGUACUUUUUCAUUUGGUCUGGCAUCUUCAGCAUGCAAUUUCUGCUUCUGGAGAGAAAAAAACAAGACGCUUGGAAGACUCCAUGCUUGGCAACCUAGGCGUUCUUGCUACUUCAACCUCUUGUCUAUUUCCUACAGGCACCUGCUCUGUGUUAGAGGCACAUGUAUGAAGAAUACCGAAGAUAUGUAGCGCUCCAGUUCCUCUAAAAGUUAGAUGUUAAAGUGUUUUGAUCAUAAGCACCUCUGAUGGGGCUCUGGGAAGGAGAUGUUCGAAACAGCUUGUCAGUCUAACAUGGGCAGCUUUCUAGGAAAAUUUGAUUUUUAGAUUUUGGGUUUCCUUCUCCCCAGAAAAUCUAUUCUAUCACUACUAAAUCUUACCAAUUUGGCUGUGCUCUAAAGAACGUAAGUACAAGCUGGCUGGGUCACUCCAAUCUCCAUCUCUAGUCCAACAUUUUUAUUUCCUAUAAUAAUCAGCCAGCUGUCUCUAAAAACUUACCCGUCUUUCUCUCCAGCAUAUGACACUCCAAGGCAUACUGGUUCUUUAAUUGGAAUUUCUGCUUUUAGGAUCCAUGUUGACGCUUAUGUGCUUUAUGGCAAACUACGUGCUAGGAUAAAUUCUACAAUCUCUUGAUCAGCAAUUCACAAAUUUGCAUCUAACUGCAUUUCUUUUAUCUGCCAAUGACUGCAAAUAGCUUUCCACUGGGUUUUUGUUUGUUCAUUUUGUUUUACUUAGAUCUUCUUGGCAACGGAUGAAAUAAGCAUGGCUGGCAGUAUGGCUACGCUUCUUCAUGAUGGUGUCAUGAAUCCAGCAGAAGUGGUGAAGCAGCGCAUGCAGAUGUACAAUUCUCCAUACAAGACAGUCAUGGAGUGCAUCAGGACAGUGCACCGGACUGAAGGCCUGGGUGCCUUUUACCGUAGCUACACCACCCAGCUCACCAUGAAUGUCCCUUUCCAAGCCAUCCACUUUAUCACCUAUGAGUUCACGCAGGAGCAGAUUAAUCCCCAGCGACAAUACAACCCUCUCUCGCACAUCGUUUCUGGUGCCGUGGCAGGAGCAGUGGCAGCAGCCGCUACCACCCCCUUAGACGUCUGCAAGACCUUGCUCAACACUCAGGAGAACAUGGUGUUGAGUUCGGUGAACAUUAGUGGGCACCUCUCUGGCAUGGCCAACGCCUUCAGAACAGUGUAUCAACUGGGAGGUGUCAGUGGGUAUUUCAAGGGAGUCCAAGCCCGUGUGAUAUACCAGAUGCCUUCAACUGCCAUCGCAUGGUCUGUCUAUGAAUUUUUCAAGUACAUCCUCACCAAGCGCCAGUUGGAGAAAGGAGCUCCUUGUUGAUGGAUCCUCUGGAGCAACUGCAGCCCAGAGUCUCUGAGAAAGUUGUUGGCCUCUCUCUGUAUAAACAUCACCAGAUUCCUUCUGAGAAUUUGUAAAAAUGGCUGGUGGAUCCCUGACUGGAUUGUGUGUAUGUGUGUGUUUGUGUGUGCGUGCAAAAGUGGGGGCUUUUGAGAUACUAGGGGAGGGGGUUCUCUCCCCUUUCUCCCCCUGCUUUUGCUAAAUGGAAAUGUUUAUUCUUUCAGACAUGUAUUUAUAGUUUUCUAGGGUGUUGAUAACUGGUCAGAUUUGUACACAUUUGUACUUACUUCCUCACUGGAAUGCUUAGGGGGUCUAACCUGGAGCGGGGUGGGUUGCGUAGGGGGAAGACGAAUGCAUGUGGCUUGGACUGCUGAUCCUUUUAUAAACAAAAGGCAAUGCCUUCGAACCGAACAGAGUUCUAUAUAAACAUUAUGUGGUGGAGAAAAUAGAUGGAUAAUGUUUAUCCUUUAUUUUUCUAUUUUGUUUUAAGAAAGAAAUUGUGCCAGGAUGAAUGCUUUGUGAGUUUUAAAGGGGUUUACUGUUU